UGCUGUAGACGUGCCGAAACACCGAUCGGAUAUUUUUCGGAAUAGGAAGGUACGAGUUUAGAGAGUACACAUUGGCGAAGGGCCGGACUGAAGACAUGAAGAAAUCCAGAAGAAGAUGGAGAGUAAAUUCUACUGCUCGUUAAAAUGUACAGAUGACCUGAAAAACCUCUUUUCGAGCAAUGAAGAAGGGGUGCAAAUUGAAAGGACGAAAACAUUGUUUGAGGAGAUCCGUGCCUCUGUCAAUAACAACGAUGACCAGGACCGCUCCUUCUGGAGGCCGGUGCUUCCAUGGGGCGGGGUUUACACCAUCAGGGCCGGGCGCAAGGCCAUUGCGUGCACCCCACUGUAUGUGAAGAUCAGCUUGAAAAACACGUGCACCAUCGAUGGCUUCCUCAUGCUCCUCUAUGUCAUCCUGCGGGAGAAUCAGGCCUUCCCCCGCGAGGUGGGCCUCUUCUUGGGCAAGGAGUUUGUGGAGCACUUUCUGCACCUCAUGGACUCCUACGAUUACACCACUGUCAAGCUGCUGUGGAUCUGGGACCGGAUGUCCAAGCAGCAGUACCGGUCCGAGAUCCACCGGGCGGCGCUGGAGAUUGACCUUUUUGGCAACGAGCACGAGAACUUCACCAAGAACCUGGAGAACCUCAUGUCCACCGUGCAGGAGAGCCUGUGCACCAACUGGAGCUGCCCUGCCCGCUUCCAGGAGCUCCUCCAGAGGACCAUCAACAUCAAUCCACCUCACGAACUGCCUCACAGAGACCUUAUUCAGUCAGCUGUGGAUGAGUUCUUUUGUCCCAAGAUCCUCCUUUGCAAAGAAAUGGGGUGUGACGGGCUGAGAGAGUUCUCCCACAGAGUCUUCUGCCACGGGCCUCCUCCAUUCGUCAUUCUGAACAUGCAGCUGUGGAAAUCGGAGGACCUGGCCUACGUGCCCUACCACCUGGCCCUCUCCCAGCACAGGUACUCGCUAGAGGGCGCCACACUCUUCAACAAAGAGGAGCACCACUACUCAGCGGCCUUCCAGAUUGACGGGUACUGGAUGCACUAUGACGGCCUGCGCAGCGACAACCUCAUCCUGCUGAACAAACCACCAGAGUUCCUGCUCCUGUCCUCGCUCGUCUACGUCCGCAUGUCUGAAAAGUGAGGGCACCCACCUCGCCCCCGGGAGAGACGGGACGUGCGGCCAUCCCACUGCCUUCCCUCCGCUUUCAUACAUCACGUAAUGCAUUACUCAACAUUCUCAUUCCCCUUCCUCUCCUUUUUUACCCACAGAGCAAAAGCACUUCUUUCCUGCUUUAACUGCCUUUUGCAUUUAUCGCGACUUACUUCCAGCACAUGCGAGAAGCUGUGAUGAUGGUUUGAGCAGUAUCUUUGUCCCUCUAAGCUGCAGGUACAUAUUAAGAUAUUGCCAUUUGAAGAAAAAAAAAAAGAUAAUUCCAGUGAUUUAUAGUAAGGGGAAUGGCUCCAACACUGUUUUUUGUUGUUUUUUGUACUCUUUGUCAGGUUUUGUUGAAUUACUUUCGGGAUUAGGUACUCCGUUUUGCCAGACUGCGACUGCUAAAAGCUAGCGGCACAGAAUAAAAUUAGCUCCUCCUUCUUAGGCUUGCUUGGAAUCCAAGAAAAUGUAUAUGGACUAUAAUAGUUCUGGGCCGGUAUGCAUAAAACAAUCUGAGAAGCUUCUUCAGAAUGACAGGCCAGAGAUGAGUUCUCAGGUAAAAGCUGAGGUUCUGAGUGCUGUCACAGUGGUGCUAUGAGCAGCUUUUCUUCAAGUGAAACCUGAUAUUUGAUAGCGUUUCCAGAAUAAGGCAAACCUAUUGUGCUGAAAGCCAUGUUCAAAAUAAGCUUUUCAAAUGGUUCCAAUGUGCAAAACAGAAUGAGGCUCAUUAUAUUUUUUCCAUUGCAUAUUUUUUUUCUCAGUUAAAAUUUAUAUUGUGAACAAUAAAAACAAGAGGAACAGAGGUUCAGGUUUCAAGUUGUGAAAACGUAUCCAAAUAAUUAAUCCAGUCCUUCCUCAAAAUUUUCUUUUGAUUUUAUGGAAACAUUUGUUAACAUAUUUGUUAGUGAUAUUUUGGAUUGUCUUAGAGGUAGAGGUGUUAACAGCUAUUUUAGAUAACUGUGGAUUUACAGUCAAAUAUGGUUAUAAACGGUGAAUGGUGAAAAGUUAAACAGUGCUACUAUUUAGUGUCAGAUGUGAAUUAAAAUAAUUUUCACUUUUAGGCACAGAAGAGUAGCAUUUUCCUCUUGUAUGUAAUCCAUCCAGGUUUCUGUUGGUAGUCUGCUGUUUGCCCAGCAGUGGCUCCUUAUAAUUCGAGAACCAUAAGAUAAUUUUUGCUCAUUGUGACUGUACAGUAGCCUAUGAUCUCAAGGAAGAUCUCAAAUUCUUUUUUGGGGGGGUAAGUGAUUUGAACAUCAACAGAAAUAUUUAAUUGUUGAUUAAAAUGCACUGAAUAGAUUUAAUAAACCUUGAAUUACAGAAAUCAUCUGUUUCAGUCUUAUUCGGUAUGGAGAGGUGAUUUACACAGUGCAAUAAGGUAGUAGUGGUUACCAUUUUCAUGCUAUUUAUGACCUCUUUGGUAGUUUGUUUCUCUUAAGCAUGCAGUUUUACCAUUACUGCUGUGCCCUUUUUUGAUUCUUCAGUUGCUUUUUCCAUUGACACACACCACCAACCUAAUAAUGUUAGAGUUAGAGUUAGAACCAAAAACAUAAUUUGGUUGAAUUUGUUACUCUGAGUUAAAAAAUUGCAUUGUGGUUUGAUUGAAUGGAAGCCUCGAAGUCCCUACACGACAUCCCUUUUUGUUGUGAUUCCAAACCAGAAGGAAAAGAUCCUGCUUAUUCAGAGGAUGUCUGCACUCACGGCUGCUUUCACUGCUUAGAGCUUUUAUGCAUACAGGCCCUGAUUUCAGAUCAAACUGGUGCUCUGGAUGGGCUUUUUCUAGACUCUCAAGUUGUGGUAGUUGGAGAUGAUUAUUAAGGCUGCUUUGCAUUGUCUAUAAAGUGAAUAGCUUCUCUAGUUUGUUUAGCGUCUCUUUUAGUAUGAAUCUGUUUAGAUGAUCUAGAACUUGCAAAAAAGGUCUUGGUGCCUGAAGUGAAACAGAGAUACACAUUUAUGCGCAUGGCUGUUAAGCUUAAAUAUUACUGCAUUACAGUCUUGUCUGUCCAACGUUAGGAGCAGUAGAAUGUGGGGUGUGGCCGUCUUUGAAGUCGGCUGUGCUCCAUCUUGUACUCAUGGGUUAGAAUGAAAUCUUACUGCAUAGUGAAUGUAAUAGAGUCUCAGUUAUGAAUCCUCAUUUUCUUUAAAAAUCUUUUAAAGUUUGUUCUUAUGUUAAGAAAUCAGACGCAAGAGUGAUAAAAUGUUUGAGGAAAAAUUAGAAAACAUGAUUACCUGUCAGUGAAUAUGAUGAAUCAUACCUUUUUGCUUUAAAAUGCAUACUAUUUCAGUGAGAAUUCUCUUGCAAGAUUUUUUCAUACAACAUAAUUGUUUUUAACAUGAAUUCAAUCGAUCAGAAUAUUACAAGGAAAAAAACAAAUGGCAAAAAUGGAUCAAAAUCCAAAAUCUAGCUGGAUAAGCUUUCUGUUUAGACAUGUCCAAGCAAAGACCCAUUGAUGUGUUCACUUCAAAAUGUUCAGAUCUUUGUCAGUUUUGAAAUUCAUGUUUUUUUUCCCCAUGUUUGCAGACCCUAGAUUGGUUAGAUGCUCAGUGCCUGUUAGGUUAGCCAAGUCUCAUAGGUUGUAGAGAGUAAGCACAAGAGCUGUGUUAAAACUCCAGUGUUCCUGUUCCUACUUUUUAUAGCAGAAUGCCAGCUUCUCCAACUCAUAUGGCACUGUGUCUCUGCAGUACCGUCUGUAGCAUUUGACAGUUGAAUACAGUUAAAAUCUGUUUAGCUUGAAUACGGGUGCAUGAAUCUGCCAGACAGUGGUAAGAAUACCAACACUACACACAUCAUCUUAGUACAUGUGCAGAGAGUGUGUACAUUUUCUUAGAUGCUACUUAAUAUAAAGUUAUAGAACAUUUUUUUUUAACAGGAACAGUCACUGGAGUUUGCUGAAGCAUUUAAAAAUUUUCACAGCACUACUUUACUGAGUACUGUUCCCUCUGAGCUGAAAUGUUUAAUUUUCAAUUUCCAACU